CCUCGUCCUCUCCCCUCCUCUCCACUUGUUCUUCCCUUUUAUCCUGAGUCUUUUCCACUUCCUCUUGCCAUACGACGCGAUCACAACCUGUGCAGUCAUCCGCGCUGGAGUGCAAUCCAUUCGCGCGUCGUGCCUGCGCUUUGGAGUCCAUCUCUCGCCCGCCAACUUAGUUCUACUGCAACCCGGUCAUAGUUACUGUUGCCUAGCUUUCUUACACUCUUUCCAUUAAAACCUCUUUCUCUACCAAUAUCUGAUCUUAUAUCAUCCACUUAUUGUAUUAUUGGGAUUCUCUGAUAAGAAAUUCCACUUCCAAGACAACCCAUUCGCAACCAGGCUUGCCAAAGGGCGAUUCUUCCCUUGAUGCAUCAAAGCACUUGACGCUUUUCCUAUUCAAAAGUCACAACAAUAAGUACCGUUUAGCAACCACAAUGUUCAGCUCAUUUAAUCGUCUUCCACUGGAGGUGUGGAUUAUUAUACUUCGAUACGCGCCAGAUCUUUCAACGAUAUACAAAUUUAUCUGUGCUUCCGCAAAUGCAAAUACAGCUUUUAACAUCGACUCAUCUUAUAUUUUAGAUGCUGCGAUAGAGCGCUCAAUCCCAGAAUUUAAGCAUGAAGCUCGUAUAGUUGCUAUUAUAGGCACAUUGUUAACAUCCUCAAAUUUCACCUUGGAAAGCCUAAUUCAUAGGUACAAAAAUCUCCCGAAAGAAGUUCUUUUCACAGCUCCAGCAUAUUGUGCGUUUAUGAAUGGAACACCGGGUCCUCGCUACCUGGUGUUAACAGCAUAUCGUAUAGAGACCCUUCAACACAUAUGCUUUGUCUCGCUUCUCCAUAACAUCCAUGAGGCUUUAUGGCCCAUUCUGCCUAAUACAGAGACUCAUAAUUACUCUAUUAAAAAUUCUAAGGCUGGGAUUGAUUUCCAGGCUGUUGCAUGGUGGUCUUUGUCCAGGGUUGAAAAGACGCGAAUUAUGCGGGCAUAUUGGAAUCUAAUUAUUUAUUGGAAUAUCCAGGAAAUCUGUCCCGAUCUAACAACAGAUGAUUAUGACUUUUCUAAAUACAGGGCAACAAUUAAGCGAAUCGAUCCAUAUUUUAGACCGUAUUCAUUCAAGAGGUUUUCGACGAAUCCAGUUGAAGAGAUGAAGUGUGUACUAGGUGCUACUCGUGAUUUCUUGAGCUUUCCCCAUGAUUCGCGCUUAUUUACUCCAUUUACGAGUCGCCAGUCUUCUAAAUUCGGGCUUGAGAAAUGGGUAUUUGCUACUGUUUUCGAAGAGAACCCGUGCUGGAGGUUUGAAGAACGAAAGCAGAUCGGGGCACGCAGAGUUGGAUUUCAUCUCAUAGCUUGUUUGAAGAGAAGGGAUAAACUUCCCAAGGACUUUUCUUCGGGUCAUUCAAAACCGAAACUGGGCGACGACGAUCAAUUUAUAGACUACCUUGGUAUCUGCAUCUGGGACGACCAACGACUUAGCUGGGUUGCACUAGGAUCUGGAUUCUAUCUGAGAAGUUCCCAGAUCCGUGCCUGGACUCUUGCCCAGAAUCGUGCCUGGACUCGUUCUAAGGCUGUGCUUAUGGAUGGCAGAGAGAGGCUGAUAGAUGUAGGUCUAAAACAGACAUGCGGCGAAAUUCACUGAGGAAAUAAGUAUUUCAUGACAAGCCUUGGAAGCUAUGCACUGGGAACUAGGCGAGCUAGAAAAUGUUGGUCACGCUGGCGUUACCCCAGAAUAUCUAUUCCCUCUCUGCGACGAAAGAUUUAUAUUGUUUUUCCUCGGCCUUGGCUCAUUUAAGAGCCCAACUAACUGAAAUCUGCUCAAAAUGAUUUUUUUAGUGAAGCCAGUCAUUAGAACCUACUACUCUCCUUAAUCCAUGGGAAGUGUGAUGGGAGUGUUGAAUAUUCCUCUAUCUGAUGCGGUCAGCUUCUACGAGGCACAUGACUCAAAGCCACUGUCCACCCUCAGUCUGUAGAAUACCUACCUAAGGAACUCAAUAAAAAUC